AGCAAUAAAUAAUACAUUAUAGUAGUGGGUCUCAAUAUGAGGCCAACCUUUAAUUGGAAAACAAUUAGCAUAGGUCCAAUUCUUGUUGGUUCUGCAAUCGAAUGGUGUUUGAACAUUAGAAGAAGUACUAUAUUGUCUAUGAAUAUGAUGGUUGGAAGCCUAAGAUCAGAGAGGAAAAUUUUUUCCAUUUUAAGGACAAAGUCAUCAAAGAAGAGAACAAUUAUUGUUGGACUAAAAUCAGAUAACUAUGGCAGAGAAAUGCUAUUGAGAUCACUUAAUGUUGUAGUAAAGCCAGGGGAUAAUGUGCUAGCCAUUCAUGUUCAACAACCAUUGGAUAAUUUUGAUGCCAAUACUUUUCAUAUGCAUGAAGAUCUCUGCAAGUCCAAGCAGGUUGAUUUUUUGAUAAAAAUAUGCAAUGGAAAUUGUUUCAUUUCUGAAUUAAGCAAUCAAGUACGUAUAAACUUCGCAACCAUUCUUGUGCUUGGAUGCAACCUCUCGAGGCCUAAAGAUUCUGUAAUCAGUAAUUAUCUAAAAGGGUUGCCUCCAACUUGCAGCCUCUUGAUCAUAAAUAAGGUUGGGAAGAUCAUAUUGGAGAGGCAAGGAACCUCACAGCAAGGCUCGUCUCAAUCCUUUCAUUCAUCUUUAUUAUCAGAAGAAAGUCACUUUACUCCAAAUUCUUCCUCGAGAGAAACACCAAUCCAACAGAUUUACAGUACAAAGAAGUACAGUUUAGCACAAAAGCUAUUUCGAAAACUAGUACAGAUAGAAUCCGAGCGAUCCAUCAAGCUUUUCACAUUACAAGACCUUAAUUCAGCUACCGAUAAUUUCAGCCCUGACAUGGUGAUUGGAGAAGGUGGACAUAGUAAGGUGUAUCGUGCAAAACUGGAGGACGGCCGUCCUGCUGCUGUCAAGGUUCUUCAAAGGACACAGUUUUCAGCGGAGGAUCUUCUCCGAGAAGUGGAGAUUUUAUCUAGCUUGAAGCAUGAGAAUAUUGUUAGGAUAAUUGGGUAUUGUGAAAAUAUGGAUAUAAAUGCAGUUGUAUAUAAUCUGCUAAAGGGAAGUUUAAACCAAAAUCUGAAACAACUCAAGUGGAAGGAGCGAAUGGGAGUUGCCAUUGGCGUCGCGAAAGCACUGGAUUAUCUUCAUCAUUCUUUCAAUCCUCCAAUAAUUCACAGAGAUGUGAAGUCAUCUAAUAUUCUCCUCUCUGACGACUGUCAACCACAACUCUCAGAUUUUGGAGCAGCAAUGUUUUAUAAUAAAACAGAGCAAAUUUCAGAAAACAUUAAUGUUGUUGGAACAUUUGGUUACUUGGCUCCAGAGUACGUGAUGUAUGGAAAGGUAGAUGAGAAGAUAGAUGUGUAUUCCUAUGGGGUUGUACUUCUAGAACUUGUAUCCGGUAAAGAGGCUAUUCAAACAAAUCAAAAGAAACAAGAAAGUUUAGUGCUAUGGGCAAGAUCUUUAAUUAAUUCUGGUCUACCCGAAUGCCUAAUUGAUCCUUGCCUGAGUGAAGAUUAUGUAGUAGAAGACAUGAAAAUGGUGAUGUUUAUAGCCCGCCUUUGCCUCAUGCACUCAUCUUCCAGGAGGCCAACGAUGAAAAUGGUAAGUUUCUAUGCAUAAAUUCAUUGUUAAAUUUUUAAGGUACUAAUGUUUUUAUCCUAGUCCUCAUCCAUUCGGUAGAUGGAAUGGUAAGUUCUUCACUUUAUGUUAGGAUCCUUACAAUAAUUCUGUUUGGCAUUCGAUAU